AUGAUAAGGGAAGAAAUAACCCAAUCCAAGGAACCCACACACGCGGGUAAAUACCCUACAGCCGUGGAACGAACACUCCGACAGUUGGAGACUAUCGGUGAGAAUUUAGAACAGUCCGGUAUCGAAAUAGCUGUGGAAAGCAAAUUACCAUCCGUUCCAAACUCCAAAUUUCCUCACGGAGCUUACAUCUGUGAACGAAUCUUAAUAACCGCUGUUCCCGAGAAACCCACCAUCAAAGCUCUAUCAAGACCUUGUGCACUAUGCAACAAGAAUCAUUGGGAUGAAGAAUGCCGGACUUAUCCUACUCUCAAACAAAGGUUGGAAAGUCUGAAGGAAUUAAAUACAUGCUGUCGCGAAAGUCGCGAAAUUUCGAGAAUAUUAUAA